AAGAUUUUCCUCAUAGUUGAGGUGCAGGUUGGGCUGCGGUCACGAAUGAACGCUUACAGACCGGCGAAUCACAGUGUGUGAAAACUGAGCUGCUUCGAUACUUUACAAACAGUCGAGCGUAUGGAGACGACGUCGACAUGAAGCAGGAUAUGUGUGGACUUUACUGGGAUUUUUAGAAAGACACGAGUCCUGCAGGAUACUGAUUAGAGUUGACACCAGCCCAGCUCCAGUAGCAACUCUCUCCACACUUCACCUCCAACCCCCUCCUUCACUCCUAAACCAGGAAAUCAACGUGCUGUGGCGCUUAUCCGUCUUCCCAUAGAUUAAACAAAACACCACAGCCCGGAGUGGCUUUAUCGAUGAAUAUCUCGUCGAUAUCGUCGUUUUUCCUACUGUCGUUGCCUUCGGAAGUUCGGCUUUACAACUGAAACGGAUCCGCACUGUCUGCGAACAAUGAGUGAAUCAAGUAUCUGCCAGGCACGGGCCACCGUGAUGAUCUAUGAUGAUGCCAAUAAGAAGUGGGUCCCGGCUGGCACGGGCGCCCAGGCUUUCAGCAGGGUUCAAAUAUACCACAACCCAAGCAAUAAGGCCUUCAGAGUGGUGGGACGCAAGAUGCAAACUGACCAGCAGGUGGUGAUAAAUUGUCCAAUCGUAAAGGGGUUAAAAUAUAAUCAGGCCACGCCCAACUUUCACCAGUGGCGGGAUGCUCGCCAGGUUUGGGGUCUGAAUUUUGGCAGCAAAGAAGAUGCAACAUUGUUUGCCACCGGCAUGUUGCAUGCGCUUGAGGUCAUCAGCACCAUACCUGACCCAGGAUACCCCAUGCGACCCCUGUCAAACGGACCGUCUCCUGAAGAAGUGGAGCAACAGAGAAGAUUGGAACAGCAAGAGAGAGAGAGACAAGAGAGAGAACGACAGGAAAGAGAACGACAAGCAGCCUCAGUAAUCAUUCCUCCAGCACCACCUCUGGCCCCUGAAGGUCCUCCAGCUCCCCCUGGGCCUCCACCUCCCCCUGGACCUCCUCCAUCUGGACCUCCCCCACCACCUGGGCCUCCCCCCUCAGGAGGAGGAGCUCCCCCACCGCCUGCUCCUCCAUUGCCCUCUGCUGGAGGUGGUGAAGGUGGUGGUCGAGGACCAGAAGGCGGUGGUCUUGCAGCCGCCCUGGCUGGAGCCAAACUCCGCAAAGUGCCCAAGGAUGAUGCUGGCAGUGCAGGUGGAGGUUCUUGUGGUGGUGGCAGCAGCAGCAGUGGUGCAGGCAGCGUUCCACCAGCUCCUAAAGCAGACAGCAGUCGCAGCAGUGUGUCUAUGCCCAGUGGAGGAGGUGGCCUGAUGGGCGAGAUGAGCGCUAUACUGGCACGACGGAGAAAAGCAGCAGAUAAAGGAGAGAAGCCGCCUCCUAAAGCAGAAGAGCCCAAUAAUGAUGAUUCUGACACCCAAGGCCCCGGAGAAUUUAAGAGACCUUGGGAAAAAUCUGCCACCAUGCCCAGGACCAAUUCAGCACCCAGAGGUCUGGAUUCACCCUCAUUCUCAUCUCUCAGGAUGAAACCUGUUAGCCAAUUAGUAGAGGCCGAGAGUGCAGAAGGAGAGUCAGAAAUGGAACGACUUAAGCAGGAACUGCUAGAGGAGGUGAGAAAAGAACUUCAGAAGGUUAAAAAUGAAAUCAUCGGAGCCUUUAUUCAGGAGUUACAGAAACGAGGGUCUACAUAGUCCUCUGAAAUUAAUGGAAUCAGCUCCUGAGUAGCCCAGGGAUAUACAUACAUACAUACUACAUACACACGUACACAUGUGCCCCUAAUCAUUACCAUUCAACCCAAGAUAAGAUUUAUUGUAACUAGCUUUAUCUCUCCCAUCGUUUUGUCUUUCAUAUUCAACCCUUUAUCCUUUCUCUCUUCAUUAAGUCUUAAAUCACAUCACACACAUCUCUCUUCAACACACAUACACACACACUUUUUUCUUGUAGUAAUCCACAGCCAAAACAUUCUCACAGUAAACUCUGUAAUUGGCUCAAGUUAUAUGUAUUCAGGGAAUAUUAUCAUAUCACUUAUCCCAGUAACUGUAAUAGCCAUAUGCAGAUCCCUGUAUGACCGACAUCCCUGUAUGAUCAGCAGCGACAAAAAUACACGUGCAUCACACAAACAUCAAUCCAUCCAACACACUUUCUGUGACCAGACCACCAUCUCAAGUCCCACUCUUGCGCUUUGAAUUGGGAUUUUAAUAUCUGUCCUGAUUAAGCGCAUGUUCCUCAUUUCUAAGAAAAAAACAAUUUUUCUUAUUCAUUUGAAGGUCUGAGCUUUGUGUUGUGUGUAUGGGUGUCUUUUAUUCACAUCAUCUUGUACGUGGUCUCCUGACCACCUCUUUCUGGUGGUCCUAAAAACUUUCUCAUAAUUUCUGCCAUCAUUUGAGAUAUGUUUUUAAACCUUGUGUUGCGAAAGAAAUGUAACAAUGGCCAUGAUCACUUUUGUUAUUUGGCCAUGCCAAACUGCCUUGGAAAAUGCAUAUAAAUAAAAUAUAUAUAAGAUAUAUAUUUGUUUUGAGGGAAAAUGAUAGAAAGCUUGAGAUAAUGUUUCUAUUUUAAUUGAAAUGAUUGGUGAAUGGGGAUUUAUUGUGAUUAUAAUGUUUUCCUUUCAGAGAUUAUAAUUAUUAUUUCGGGGGUUGUGUUAUCGUUUUUUGUUUGUUUUUCUAUAGAGUAUAGGCUUUUUACACUGAAAUAUAAAGAAAAAUGCGUAGAGACACUGGAUUAGAUGCCUUUAUAGUCAAAUACAGCUGCUUCCUCUACUGCA